AUGUUGGAAGUUUCCUUAGGUAAUACAAAUCCAAAUCUAGAAUCAAUUAGUAGUAGAAACCCUACGCCAAAGUCCUUCAAAAUCCUGGCAGGGUCUCAAUCACCUGCCCUAGAAACUCCAAUAAGUUCUCCAUGUCCUGCAAAAAGUACCCAGACAUCAACAACAUUACCCAGAACUCCAACAUCAACAUCAAAUCCAGUUAUAACCCCGCCAUCUUCUAGGAAGAAUUGGCGUGACCUCUUGAGAGCGACAAAAAGUAUCAAUAAGCAGCUUCAAGGUCUGUCGAAUCUAUUUGUAAAGCCCCUGUCCUAUUUGCAUACGCCAACAAGAACCCCCAAACAUGAACCUGGCUAUUAUCUUUCAAGGCUUACAAAUGACAAAGGUAACGAAGACACCCACAACAACAACAACGACGGCGGCUCUCCUAUAAGCAGGAAAGAGCCGGCUUACUAUGACUACAAGAACAAGUUUGGAACUCCAAUAAAAGAGUUGAAUCUUUCAUUUGCAAGCAUUUUGCACAACAACUCGCCUCAUUUGCAUUCGACUUUGCAACAACAACAACAACAACAACAACAGUCACAUGCAACAUUGUCACAGAUAUUUGCAGCUGACCUGUGUGUAAACUCUUCUGAACAACAACUAGUUGCAAAACCAAUGGAAAAUUGUUGUUUUAUAUGUAGUGAAUUGCUACUGACAAUUUUCCAAAGUGAGCGUAUACUUAAUUUGUGCUGCGGAGAUUCCGUUCAUUUUGAGUGUUUUAAAACCAUGUUUGGAAAGGAGAUUGAUGAGCUCGAGAAAACAAGACAUAUUCCAUCUACCGAUACUCAUCCAAAAACUGUAUUUGCAAAGUAUUGCUUUGGGAGUAAUUGCAAUGGUCAAUUCAAAGUUGAAAUUGAAAACAAAAAACUCAACUCCAUUUUACGAAAGUCAAAUACUUCCUUGACUCCAAAAAGACCAGCUCCUGCACAACCAUUAUUGAGGAAUGAGCAAGGUCAAAGCCAAGGUCAAAGCCAAAGCCAAAGCCAGAGCCAAAUCCAAGGUCAAAGUCAAAAUGAAACACGUGACUCGGUGGAUGUUGGUGCAAUAGGAGGGUAUUCUCAUGAUGUAAAUACCCAAAGUGCUAACUUUCGAGCCCUAAGAACAACUCUAAACUAUCCUAAUUCUCAACAAUUAAUCUCGAGUAUGAAAACAAGGAGAAGAAGAAGCAUGGAUUCGAGCUUUUUGGAAUUUGGAAUGCGGUCUCCCUCACCAAAUGCAACUAUAUCAUCCACGUUCACCGAGUGUUACGAUAUAAACGACGGAGUACUCGUUGGUACAUUAGAAGCAGAGGUUAUAAAUGAUCAAUUAAUCAAGUUUAUGCUAGAACAAUGCCCCAACUUCAACCUAUCAAGAUUAUUGCAACUAGGGAAACUAAGAGUCGCUGAUAAUCUUGAAGUAGCAUUUGGCAACGAAGAAGAGUUUUUUUCCCUAAAAUUUGUUUAUCUAUUUGAAAGGUAUAUUGUCAUAUGGGACCAAGUAAUGAAACCUAUUUUCCUGGAUAUUAACAUGGUGGAGGUUUCAACUCAAGGCUCGAUUUUGAAAUUAUCUCCUAUUUGGGGUCCGGAACAAAAAACAACAUCUCAAGAAGUGAAUAAUAUAGUACUAGUUAAAUCGAACAUUAGUUCAAUUACCGAAAAGUGGAUUAUUAUGCUAAUGGAUAAAAGAUUGGAAUUGCCUAAAGAGAAGAUAACGAGCUCAAUUAAUUUGCAAAUAGAGUAUCCUCAUAUAUGUCAAGCCGAUAAUAGCAAGAUGUUACUGUCCUUGCUACAGCUGCAUGAGAGUGAAGAGGAAAACAAUGCAAUGUUGAGUGAAUUGUCCCCCUCCGAAACUUUUAAGCAGGACUUGAAUAUUGGAGGAGGCAAUUCAAUGGAAUCUUUAGAUAUUGCUGCUGCAGAAAAAGAAGAAGAAACGAGUGACUCGGAUAUCGAUUCGGAUGAUGAAAUAAUCAAGAAUGCGCUUGAAGUGCCAAAAUCAUCAAAGAAUCUUGAUUUGAAAGGUUUGGAGAGUUUAAUUUCUCAAGUAGACCAUGCUUUGUCUUGA